GGCGACCGAGUUGACCGUCCAGUCGGAGCGUGCUUUCCAGAAGCAGCCUCACAUCUUCCAGAACUCGAAGACCAAGACCAAGUCCACCCGACCGGGCAAGGGUGGCCGACGAUGGUACAAGGACGUCGGUCUGGGUUUCCGAACCCCCAAGACCGCCAUUGAGGGCAGCUACAUUGACAAGAAGUGCCCCUUCACUGGUCUCGUCUCUAUCCGUGGCCGUAUCUUGACCGGUACCGUCGUUUCCACCAAGAUGCACCGAACCAUCAUCAUCCGCCGCGAGUACCUGCACUUCAUCCCCAAGUACUCCCGAUACGAGAAGCGACACAAGAACGUUGCCGCCCACGUUUCUCCCGCUUUCCGUGUCCAGGAGGGUGAUCAGGUUACCGUUGGCCAGUGCCGACCUCUGAGCAAGACUGUCCGCUUCAACGUCCUGCGCGUCCUGCCCCGAACCGGCAAGUCUGUUAAGAAGUUCUCCAAGUUUUAA